AUGGCGGCUCAAGACAAAGCUGAGAUCAUCCAGAAGGUCCGCGAGACCCUCGACAAAUACGAAUCUAGGCUGAGCGAUAUCAAUCAAAGGGUGGGCAAUGUAUUUCGGAGUUUGAGACGAGCUGUUAACAUCUACUUAUGUCAGAUCUGGUCUACACCUGAGCUUGCGUUUGAAGAGCAAAACGCGCAUGACAGCAUCUGCGAGUUUUUCGACUCGCUUCCAGCGGACGGUUAUAGAGUGCAUCGAAGUGCCUAUGGCAUCACCACUGCCUUGGAAAUCAGCUACAGCCAAGGUCACGGCGGGCGCAUCGUGGCCUUCAACGCCGAGUAUGACGCUCUACCUGGGAUUGGCCACGCAUGCGGCCACAAUCUCAUUGCCACCAGCUCAAUCGCCGCCUUUAUCGCAGCGUGUGAGGCAAUGAGAGCGCUCUACUCCGACAAUACUGGGUACACCGUUCGUCUCCUGGGCACUCCCGCCGAAGAAGGAGGUGGCGGCAAACUCCAUCUCAUCAAUGCCGGUGCUUACAAGAAUGUCACUGCAUGUCUCAUGGUCCAUCCAUUCCCAGUUCUUUCAGGAGCCCCGAGCCUUCUUAGCUCAAGCUCUUGCUCUGGGCAGUACCUGGCGAAUGAUAAAAUCUUGGUCACCUUUACCGGCAAACCAGCGCAUGCCUCGGCAGCUCCAUGGGAGGGGAUCAACGCUCUUGAUGCCGUUGUCGCGGCAUAUGUGAAUAUAUCACUUCUUCGUCAGCGGCUUUUGCCCACCCAAAAAAUCCAUGGUGUUGUGCUCAAGGGCGGGGAUCGACCGAAUGUCAUCCCCGGGACCACGACUCUGGAGUAUUAUAUCCGGUCGGACACGGUCAAGACAUUGAAGCCACUGACAGAGAAAGUCUUGAAAUGUUUUGAAGCAGCGGCUACAGCGACGGGAUGCACAGUCGAGCAUGAGUGGGAACCCGCCUAUAUGGACAUGAAGACCAACCAGUCCAUCUGCGAUGGCUAUGUCACGGCGAUGAACUCUAUGGGCUACAGCACUAUUUUCGAUGCUGCCGGGCAAGAAGGCGGGCUCAGUGGGGGAUCCACGGAUAUGGGAAACGUGUCGUACGAGGUUCCUGGCUUCCACGGUGGUUUCUACAUUCCCACGAACGGUGUCAACCACACUCCCGAAUUUACUGCCGGGGCUGGCUCCCAAGAAGGGUUCAAGCGCAGUUUGUAUUGUGCCGCUGGGAUGGCCGUGGUCGCAUGCCAGGUUCGAGAUAAGCAGGCCCAAGAAGCUGCCAAGUGUCCGACUGGCGAGAAAUGCCGUGGAUGGCAUCCGCUGCAAAGAGGGGAAGACCUCCACUUCCCCAGACUGGAGGCCCAACCACGCGAUGGAGCUCCACUGAAUCCUGAGAGCAACACAUACACCACAGUCAUUGGUGGCUGGAAGCUCUCCGCACUAUUGAGCUCGCGAGAAGGGAAUGUUUGUUUGGCACAGAAUACUAAACACACCAUCAUCAUUGGCGAGAGCUAUUUGUGUUUCCCGAGCAUGGAAUCCACAGCGGAACAGCGCCGGGUGUCGGUAUUGUUGGUGCUACUCCUGCAGUCUUGUCGAAGACAUACGUUCACUAUGACAGAGAAGGAUCUCAAGGUUGACCCUGAACCCACUGCCCGCGACCUCGAUCUCGGCGAGGUGCUCGCCGUACAGGCGACGCCCGAGGAAGAACGUCGCGUGCUAUGGAAGUUGGAUUGUUUGUGA